UUUUUUGAAACGUUCAAAAUAUUAUGCAUAGUGUUUGAAUCAUUCCCAUAGCAGAUUUGGCAACACAAUUGAUUGUAUGGAUCCCUUUGUUUGGGAUGGCGAUAUGGAUGGCUUUGGGUGAUAAGGAAUGCUAGGCUUGGUAUCACAUAUAAAUCUGAUGGAUGCCCUUAUCCAUCCUCAUCGACAAAUCAACAACUUGAACUUUUUUUCUUUGAGUCGACCAAGCAGCUCACUCAAUGAUUCUUCAGAGUCGGAUGCGGUAAUUGAGGAUACUCCAGACUCUCCUGUGGAAACCACUGAUUACUCGAGCGAACCACCUGAUGUUGGUCGAACAGUGAUAUUAAAUCACGAUGGUUCUGAGAUUUCCGUUUACGACACACAGAGAUUGAGCAAACGAGUUUGUUUUUCAUACCAAAAUAAUGAAUCUGACCCUGAUGAGUAUCCUUUUCAUGCUGUGACUUAUGGUGAGUCAGAAGGAUGUUGGGGACUUCCUUAUAAUGAUCAUAAUUAUGCGUCUUAUAAACCAAAUUCAGAACAUAUUAGAUCUGUCGAACCCGAUGAUCGCUUGUCUCUUUUGGCUAAGUUAGCAUUGGCGAAGGAUGAUAGCACGGAGAAUUCUGAAGAAAACGUGUCCGGCACACUCCAGUCUACCUUUCGGACCAACUGGAUUUCUGAAGAAAGUUCCGUAGCUUCAACUAAAUCCGUGGGUUUAGUUGGACUAAAUGCGUUGGGCUCAUCAACUAAACGUUCGGUCGUGUGCAACUCGGAAAUAAAUUCUACUGCCACUAGCGGACAAUCCCUGGUUACAGCGACAAGUCAUGUUUCUUCUCUGCCUAGUCGGACAAUCUUGAUUUCAACUACCGGUGGGAAUGCGAAUCCUCCUCUUCAGAUACAUCGAGUUAGUUCAUCUCUCACUCCACAUGUUGUCCUACGGACUGGUCUGCCUGGUCUUCAGAUUGCUACAACUGCUCCACGUCAAGUUUCUACUGAUAGUGGUGAUUCUGUUCGGUGCGUUUGUGGAAACACAAAUCUGGAUGGCUACCUCGUUCAGUGUAAUCAGUGCAGAAUUUGGUAUCACAGUGAAUGUAUAUCAUCUACUUGCAAAAGUCAGUUGUCAGCACCAUAUAUUUGCGAAAUAUGCCAGGCACAAUCAAAGGCUGUUACUAUUCAGCGGCCUCAUCUGACUUCAUUUAGCAGUGUUGGAUCAACUACAACUGCUAACAUUCGAAUUUCCCGUACUCCCAUUGGGACAAAUGCGUCAUCAGGGCGCAUUUUCUUAACCAAUACGCUCGGAGGUGUGACUCAUAGACAAGUUCACGUCUGCAUUCCAGCUAAUCAAGGGAUAUCUGGUGUUCAGUGUAGUGAGUUCAAUCUAGUUCCUAGUGUGGCUUCAGAAAUUAGUUCUACUGCAACUCGCCCUUCAAACUAUGGCCCAUGUGGGCGCUCUGUAAGAAGUUCCAAAAGGAAACAAGAUCUGCUAACACUCACUGGUGGAUCAUCUGCUAAUGCAGGCAUUGAAGGCUUUUCAAGCUCACCACCGGUUUCGGAUGACUACGAUGACUUGUCAAACAUUCGAACAUCUUAUUCCAAUGAUUUAAAGAGUUGCUUCGUGGAGAGUUCAUUAGACUCUGUAUGCCAAACUCAAGGAAGUCAUCCAAUCCCUGUGUCAGAUAAAGUGCAAAUUCGUCAUAGCAGCAUUGUACAUCGUUUAAUUACAGAUUGUACAAAUAGUAAGGUACAAAAUACAUUUACCCAGGUAAAUGAAGUAUGCCGUACCUCUCCUCCUGGUCCAACACCUGACUCUGUCCUAUCUCCUUCAUCAGAUAUCUAUGAAGAAGCCCAAACUCUACAUCUUUCAAGUCGUCUUUGUAAGAAACUCAGUUUAAUGUGUCCUUUGUUUACUGGUAUGGGGGCAGAUUUUGGUGACAUGGAUGGUAUUUCUAAUGAAGAAAUUCCCCCUAAUCUUGAGCGUCUGUGUCGUUACGAGGUCGUUACUUUCGACUUUAAUCGCAGGGGCCUAAUAGCAAAUGAAGACAUUUGUCCUCGUACUCCAAUUAUUGAGUACCGUGGUAAUUGUUUGUUACUUGGUGAAUACAACGAUAUGUACGACUAUCGUAAGCAUUACAAUCCGUUUGUACUGUUCUACAAAUCCUUGCCAAAGUUGCCUCUCUGUGUCGAUGCUCGCAAGUAUGGUAAUGAAGCACGCUUUAUCCGUCGGUCAUGUACACCUAAUUCUGAGGUCCGCCACUGCAUUUCUUUUUCCAAUGAUCAGCAUGAUGAACCCGUUCCUCAGCUUCGUCUUGUCGUUGUUGCAUCACGGCUUAUCCCAAAGUCUUCUGAAAUAACGCUACCUUUUGAUUUUGAUUAUACUGCGUGCCGAUAUCUUGUUCAAUGUGCAUGUAUUCUCAAGGGUUGUCCGGUUACCCGUUGGUUUCAAAGAAUGAAUCAGUUAAGCAACCCUUUGCGAAGUUCAACUCGCCACUCGUUGGUAUGCACUCGCAAAUUACCGCAUUCACCCCGUUCAUAUGGGGUCAAUGGCAAUUCUCGAGGUCUCAGUCUGUCGCACAAUUCCCAGUACCAUUAUGACGAUAAGAAUCUUUCUGAUGAACAGUCUGUUUUAUGCCCCAAAUCUCCCGUCAGCACUAGUGUGAGGAACUUCCAUAUUAGUCGAACAAAUCGUCACCCUCCAAAUUCUAUUUUAAAUGAACGAACUUCUGGAUCAAAUCAAGCAGAAGCUAACAGAAUUACUCGUGGUCACCUUAAAAAGUCAGGCAUUUCAUGUGGAGUUCGUAAGGCUAUUCAUCGAAGAGGCCGUGGACGGGGUCGAUUAAGAAGCUCUAGUUCUCUUGGCGUGUGUAACAAGCGUGGAACAGAGCGUCUAUCUUCCAAAAUGGUGUACCUUAGGAAACCGAACUCUAAGACAUCUUUAACAACUACCAGAAAACGUCGUUCGCAACGUGCUUCCUACUCUCACAGUGGCCAAUAUCCAAUGUCAUCACCUAAUGAUAGUCUUGUAAACGUAGAUAGGAAAGCAGAUUCGCAUAAUUUUUCCAGUAAAGGUGGUUGCUCUUAUGAAAUAGAUUGCUCAGAUGGAUUACGAUCGGUUUCUGUUAAAACAAAUGACUCUCCACAAAAGUCACCUAUCAAAGACAGUCAAGUAGAAACUAUUGAUAAAACGGAUAUUGACCGUAAAUUGAAUAGCGAAUUUUCGGGAGAGGAUUUAGAUGCUGAUACAGAACCGGAAUAUGAUGUACAACCAGAACAGUUUGCAGAUAAAUCAGUAUCUCAAAAAUAUACACAGUCUAACUUCCAUCAGGACUAUCUUAAUUCUAGUGUACCAAAAGAACAUUCUAUCCCCAAUAAUUCUCCUAAAUCACCUGACCUGAACCGUGUGAAACCCGAAGUGCAUGGAAGUCAUACUUUGAAACGCAAAUCUGUUGGACCAACAUCACUUGCUGACCGUGGAAAACGGCGUUCACAGAUAAGCACCUCCGACGAUCAUGUUUCUAUAUCACGUAAAAGAAGUAUUUCACUUGAAGAAAAAGAAGAUCAGAAGUCAAAAGAAGAUGUAUGGAUGGCAGAGGUUUUACGUCGUAUAGAGCGUAUGGAAAAAAAGCGAUUAAAGCAACGCGUGUCUUCGGUUAAUCUGAAAAGUAGCCAAAACAUUGAUUGCAUUAAAAAUGAUUCGAACCAGUUCUCUCCCCCUGAAAAAUCUCCGGGAGCUGACUCAGUUUUAGAUAAUAACGAAGUCAAGGCAACAGAUGGUGUAAUGGAGACUGGGGAAAUUUCUGAUAUUAAAUUAAAAACAUCAGGAUGUAAUAAGGAGAUUGCAAAUAUUAUCACCAAUGAAGCCCAAUCGAAUCACGUGGGAUCCACAAACAUUUUGGAAAAGCUUGAGUUGCUUGAUCGUGAAUCAAAUACUAUUUCUUAUUUGUCACAAGAUGUGAAGCACAAUGUAAAUAUAACUCCUUCGAAAGUUUGUGAUAAUAAUAUUUCAGAAGAAAGCGACACACGUCUACAACGAAAACAGUUAAAACAAUUCACUGGGUCUAAGUUUAAGUAUCAAAGACGUUCUGUCAAUCACAAGCAAAGACGUCGGCGUUCCCAAGCAGCUAUGUUAUCUGAUAGUUUGUCAUCUGUUGAUCAAGGUGGUUCACGCGAAGACCGUUGGCUUCAAAUGCAACUCCGACGUAUCGCUGAACUAAAUGAUCACGAGGAGGUAUCUCAACUCACUUCAUCAAACAUGGAGAAUAUGUUGUCUGAUAAAAGUCAUAUGUCAUCAGGUAGUGCUGUUGAAGAAGAAUCAAAUAUGAGAGUUACACUUUUUGAAGCUUUGGGUGUUAAAAGUGAAUCAUCAAAAAAUGGUCGCAACUCGAAUAAUUGUCUUCAGCAUUUGUCACCCAAUUUAUCUAAAUUCAAUGUUCCUUCUGGUUGUGAAAAUACCGUUUUUACAGGUUGUAAUGAAUCGUCUAAUCAAAUCAGUAAUAAUCAACAAGUUCUCGAUUCUGAAGCUGACUGUGGUUUCAUAGUUUAUAGAACUCGAGAAAAGGAUCCAAUGGCUAAGUUUAGCAGAACUCGUUCACUUGAUAUGCAUUCUCUAUUCUCAACAAUUCAAGAUGAAAUGUCGGACAAAACAGUAGCUGACACAAGACAAGAUGUCUAUACUUCUGUUGACGAUAUGUCAACAUCUUGUUUAACACAACCAUUUAUGCACCAGACUCCUAGACCUACUAAGAAACGUUGGUUAUCUCGGGCUCUAAUGGAAGAAGAUAUUGAGUCGUCUAACAAUAAUUUUUCAAACUGUUCCCACCCAAUAAAUCAUUCACUAUCCACUAAAUCGGAUUCUUCUUUGGCCGCACAGAAUUCAUGUACCACACCAGUUAAUCCUAAAAAGAGGAUUAUAUCCCGACUUUCCGGGAUCUCUGAAGAUUUACCUAUUUCCACAUUUUUCGAAAGCGAUGACAAUCUCAAGAAAGAAGGAUCUGCAAUUUUAUCAGAUCGUUUAGUGAACAAUCCGGAUGCUGAACAAGUGAUUUACAAUCAGGACUCCAAAGCUGUUUCACAGUCAAAAGAAGAUACUGAGUUUUGCGAUGGUUUAUCCACUCAUUUGGCUCCUCUUCCUCCAAAGAAGGCUACAGUGAAACAACAGGCUGAAGAAUUGCGACUUCGAGAAAUACGUAAAGUCCGUGUUUCCCUAUCCGAAUAUCGCCGACGCCGUGGCUUACCAGCCCUCACACCGGCAGCAGAACGAAACCAUAAGGAGACAAGAGAACCACUUAAUCAAUCAAACGAUAAUAUUGAUAACCUAGAAAUUAUAAUUCCACCAACUCUGAUUAGUUCUGAUCGACUACUGAUAACACUCCCAAAUCUCCGCAACGAAUCAAGACAGUCCUCUGAUGUAAAAUAUUCCAAUGAAUUACUGCCGAAAAUUACAUCAAUAAAUGAGAAACCUGAAGUUCACGAUUACAAUGAACUUCUCUCACCCUACACACUUAUGCCAAAAAAAUGUGAAUUUGAUGGUGAACGUGGUUUUAUUGAUGGGAAAGUAAAUGAACGUGGACCUCGAACACCAAGCGAGCCACCAGAUGAUGAGGAUGACGAUGAAAAUAUUGCGAUUGAUUCUAUAAAUCCUGUUAGUAGGGGCGCUCUUAGCAGUUCUCCUGAACCGUGCAUAAAAUUUCCUGGUAAAGUACUUUCCGCUCCAGGUUCACCAACAUCUGUUUUUUCAGAUUCUCGUAUAACUACCGGAAAGUUACCUUUCCGGAACAGUUCACCUCCAGAUGUAAAUUCUAGCAAAUUUUCAGACUCAUAUUUUCCAGCUAACAUGCUUGCUUCUUUGAAACCAAUUGAUCGAGAAAAUCGUAUACAUGACUUUGAUCAUACUAAAGAAUAUAAUCAAGAUCGUAUUAAUUCUGAAGUGUUAGAUUGUGAUCAUAAACUUGUAGGUGAUACACUAAUUUCUACUAAACAAAAACAAUUUGGUGGGUUGGCUCAUCACUAUAAGAAUACUCCUAACUUGGCUGAUUCCCAACAUUUACAUGGUCUAGUGAUUUCUACAGGAACUCUGCCGCCACCACCACCACCACCUCCUAUCCCUUCAUUCUCCGGACAUUCAGCAUCUUCAAACAGUCCAGUUGCUCCAUCGCAUGACAUCGAGAAACAUUCAGAAGAAAAUCCAACUCAUUUAUCUGGAUCAUUGGAAUACUUCAUACAACGAGAUAACGAGAUACGUGUGUGGCAAGAAACGCGGUCUUAUGAACGAGAAAGACGUAACACUUCUCCAUGGUAUUACCGGGUUUCUGGUCAGCCCCACUUAAAUACAAAAAAGUUUUCUUGCACAAUCUCUAAACAUCCCUCAAAGUAUUCUAAAAAUAAUGAAAGCUUUUUCUUUUAUCCUGAUGUUGUUACUGGCCAUUUCGACAAUGUUGAACAAACACUUUUACGCAUCAGAGAUAGUUUGCAAGCUCAAUUAGACCUAGCUAAAGUGGGUUAUGCGUCACAAAAAGUGAACUCAGACAAUGAUCAUUCAUCAACAAACAAUAAUGGGGCUGUAUGUUGAUCCAUUUGAUACGAAACGGACCACCGAACCAUUUGAUAUUGCUGUGUAAACACUACAUAGAAUGCUUACAAUAUUUCUGCUCUGACAUUAAAUUUUGUCACUUUUAGUGUAUGAUGGUUUUUUCGUGACCUUGUUUCUCAAACUGUCUUAGCCUCGUCCAAUUAAUAAUCUCAGAGUUCUCUAUCCCCAGACUCAGUACAUUUAAGCAUUUUUGUACAGAUUCUUAUUUUGAUACAUUCAGUUAAUCUAACCAUUAUUUCAUACUUUUCAUCUAAAGUAACAUUUUUAAUUUUGUAAAUAACCUGUAAACAUAUUAUGUCAUCAGCUGAUUAUCAAACCUUCCACAAAAACCACCUAAAUUGUUAUCGAUUCGUUUAUGUGUCCUGUUUGUGUAUCACGUAUUCUUUUAAAAACAUACCUCAUCGUUUUGGGGCUUCAGUAGAUUGCGGGUUUUUUAAUGUAAGAUAAUAUCCGGUAAUCGAUUUUCGGCUGUACAAAGAAUUAUUUCCUGAUGAUUAUAUAUUGAAAUGUAAUCAUAUAAAUGUCGAUCCUGUAUCGGCGUGAACUGCUGUUUAACAUUUUAAUAAAUCAGUAAUCUCAUGUUCAUUAUUAUGUUUAGUUUCUUUAACCCUGUAUGCAUUUCACAGUAAUAAUCAAUAUCCCAAACCUAACAAUCCCGGUCGUUCUGUCAUCACUUUCAAGCUACUUGUAUAAUUAUUUCAUUUUCAAUAUACCUGGACAACUUCGUUUCAGUUUAAGAUCUUGUAAAUCUUUUACUUGUUCAUUUGAAUGUUUUAAUCCUUCUAUUCUGAUAUACUUUCGUUUAAAUUAACAUUUAUCUUAUGUAUGCUGUAUAAAUAAGAUAUCAUUUGUUUAUCGUACGCGUAAUGGGUGUUGUACAUGUGUUUAAUCGUAUUUGCUGCCUUCACCCAUAAUUUGGUUCGUUAUUGUUUCUUUUGAUUUCACUUGUCAAGGCAGCGGCUUCUUGUUCUUAUUUCCUCCCAUUUGUUCAUGCUGAUAUACUUGUUCAUAUAAAUUUAGGAACUGCUUGAUCUAAUAAAUUGCCGAUAAUAUAUACCUGCGAGUGAUUUAAAUUCUUACCGAACUAAGUUUUAUGAUG